AUGCCCGAUUGGCUCGCCGCCCGCACCACGUGCCCCGCUGUAACCAAUCGUCGCACUCGCCUCUCGAACCAAUCACCGCGCUCGCUCCGAGUGAACCCGGCAGCAGAAGCCACGGCAGGAGCGCGAGGUCACGUGGCGCGCUCGGGGUCACGAGGCAGAGAGGUCACGCGGGGUGAGAGGUCAAGCGACGCGUGCUCGGGCCGCACAUUAUUUUUGCAGCAGAUGGCGCACAGGCAGGUGCUGAGGCGGCUGGUGGUGGUGCAGGAGGCUGUGAGCAGGGCGGCGCGCGGCUCCCAUGCUCCGCUCUCCUCCUCAUCGCUGUUGCUGACGACGCCAUUGGCGCGGCCGCUCGACACGACAUGGACACGCAGCACGCGCGGCUUCACGUCCACGGCGACGCGCACCGUCUCCUUCCACGUACAGGACGUGGACGACUUCACGGAGCGCGUGGUGAACAGCGACACGCCCGUCGUGGUCGAUUUCCACGCGCAGUGGUGCGGGCCCUGCAAGAUUCUGGGCCCUCGCCUCGAGAAGCUGGUGGCCAAGCAGUCGGGCAAGGUACUCAUGGCCAAGGUGGACAUCGACGACCACACGGACCUGGCCGUUGAGUAUGGGGUGUCGGCGGUGCCCACGGUGCUUGCCAUGCGGAACGGCAGCGUCGUUGACAAGUUUGUGGGCGUGCGCGACGAAGACCAGCUGGAAGUUUUCCUCAAGAAGCUUGUGAGCCCCGUGGCCUCGGCACAGAGGGAGGCGGGUGACACAAAGAGCACUGAAUAGAAACACGGGGGGGGGCAGGGGGGGUGCCUUUGUUGAAACUGAGCCGAGGUGAUGGAGGCAGCUGGGCUCGUGGGUUCAGCGACGCUUCUUUAACCUCAUGGGAGAGAAUGUAACGCAAAUGUAUUCGCCAAAAUGAGGACAACUUUGUUACACUUACAACGAUCCCUUAUGGUAGUUGUAAAUCUUGCAAACGAUCACAAGCUAGUUUCUACAACGAAUAAAUUAAACUGAGUCUAGAUAAUUGAAACUGCACAGGUAAUCAUCUGAUUACUAUAAUUUGUCUCUAUAUCCGCGUUGGCUAUGUAAGUGUAGGCGUUCUGUAUUUAAGGAUCUGCAUUAUGUUACGUGUAGGUUGUGUGAUGUGGUAAUGUGCACGAGUGCAAAUUGUUGCCAUUAAACCUGCAUCACUUUGCUCAAUUUCCCACAAAUUUCUGAAUGGUUGGAAGUGCUCACCAAUGUGUGCAUCAACCCAUACCUCCACGUGAAACCUGUAAUGUUUUAAGAACUCUGCAAAUCUGCAAGACUCAUGAGGGUGACAGAGCAAAAGUGCUUUAACUUGAGUGUCCGAGGUGUCUUAAAAUGCCCUCACUCCCACUCAAUGAGGGUGAAGAAAGCUGCUUCUAAUAGCCUGUGGGUGUUACACAGCACAGGAAAAAACAUUGUUUAAGAAGAGACUGACAUUUGAGCUCUUACUUCGAUGAUAGCACUGUCUUAAUAACAAUAGUAACUACAUGAUUUGAAUCCUGCUACCACGUGCAUGACUAGCUAUCAAUGGGAAGUGCUGGGUUUGGUCUGUGGUGUGUUGCCUUUCGGAAUAAAUAUACAUUUAGCAGGGACUAUUGCACAACAGGGAAAGACUCCAAUCCACUACAGAAACAAUUUCGAAUUUGACCAAGUCUAAAUGGGUUGCGUGGCAUUGAAAGCUCUAGCCUUACAACACCUAGUCAUGGCCGUAACCUCAAUGUUUGUCACUUAAAGCUUCGCGUGAACAUUGAGCACGCAGCUGCACUCUCCUGGAUCCACGUCGAUCCCGAGUUUCCACGUUCCACAUAACGGCACUGCUGAUGAGUCCCAUGUUGUCGACUCCAGAGUUCCAUCUCGUGUUCUGUCUCAGCAGAAUGCUAUGCGGUUACACUGCAGAGAUGCCGGGACGUGGGUAGCAGACCUCGGCAGGAGCUGAUUUACUUACCCAAGAACACGUUGUCGGCACUGCCAUGAGCGGCAGUGCCGGCAACGUCGCGCUGUCGUCCACCGUCUGCCACCAAAUUGAAUCUAUCAUGACACCUGCUUAGCAGCACAGCCUCCACUGUUUACUUACAGCUGUUGCUCAUACGAAAACAAUCUCUUGUUUUUUUCCCAAGAUCGUGAAGAAGUCGUUGCUUAAAGUAGCAACUUACAAAGAGUGCUUUCAGUCACGUAUUUUAGGGAAGUUGGAAACCCCUAUUGGGUUGCACGCACUUGUGUUGGGCACAAGUUUGGCUCCGUAAUCCAAGCUUUCCCUGGCAAGCCUUGUUACAAAUCAUCACAAUUCCUCGUUUUUACUUGCAGAGUUAAAUAUGAACUUUGGCCACACGGUACUUGUAAUUGCGUUCAUGGAGGGGUUCUCGAGCCAAGGCUGAGUUUGCAUUUGUGUGUUUUGGGAGUCUGCGUGUGAGCCUGCAUCGCUCUGAAUCCUUUAGUUUUAUUAUUUACAGUAUUUCUUCAUGUAUGGUUAUUAUUGCAUAAAACACAACUUUGCAGAGUAUUUACCUAUUCAAUUAUUGUGAUACAUUGAACAUGUUCCUGAUUUGAAAUUGCAGAUUGUUCUCUUGUUGUAGUUUGUACUGAGUGAAUAUUGUCAAUAAAUCACACCUGUAUGAAA